GAAAAUUCCCAUUACGUCACUGAAGAUCAUCACGGAAGUGAGCGAAGCGACGAAACACAAGAAACCCAAAUAAGUUGGUGUGGUGUGUGUAUACGCUUGAUCGAUAUUCACCGAUAGUACAUCAUCAUCAUGCUGGGAGGAGGAUUCAAAGCAGAGAGGUUAAGAGUGAAUCUCCGGCUGGUCAUCAACCGACUCAAACUCCUUGAAAAAAAGAAAACUGAGCUCGCUCAAAAGGCAAGGAAGGAGAUUGCCGAUUACCUGUCAUCAGGAAAGGAUGAGCGGGCACGGAUCCGUGUGGAGCACAUUAUCAGAGAGGACUAUCUGGUGGAAGCCAUGGAGAUCCUGGAGCUUUACUGUGACCUGCUGUUGGCCCGCUUUGGCCUUAUUCAGUCCAUGAAGGAACUGGAUCCAGGUUUACAAGAGGCAGUGUCCACCCUCAUCUGGGCUGCGCCUCGUCUUCAGUCAGAGGUGUCUGAGCUAAAAAUUGUAUCUGAACAGCUGUGUGCAAAAUAUAGCAAGGAGUACGGCAAGCUGUGCAGGACAAACCAGAUUGGCACAGUCAACGAUAGGUUGAUGCACAAACUGAGUGUGGAGGCCCCACCCAAGAUCCUGGUGGAGCGCUACCUGAUAGAGAUCGCUAAGAACUAUAAUGUGCCGUAUGAACCUGACGCCAUGGUCCGGCCUGAGGUGAGUCCUGGAGAAGAGGCAGACCUGAUUGAUGUGGACACUGACAAGAAAUCUGGAGGAGGAGGAGGAGGAGGGGGCGGAGGUUUCAGUGUGCCUCCUGCCGCUGCUAUGCCUAUGCCAAUGCCCAUGCCCAUGCCCAUGCCUAUGCCAACAGCAUUCAACUACCCACCUCCCAAAGGAGGCGAAGCGUUUAAUGCUCCCAUUGGAACCUACAACAACUUCCAGCACCCCAUGGGAGGAGGGCAGCCCCCUCAGCUGCCCACUUCUCCCCCCACAUACGAGUCUAUUGAUGACCUAACUGACAAACCUUCUGUUCCCUCCCAGGCUGUAGGUCCUGGGCCUUCACCUCAGCUGUAUGACAACAACGCUCUCCCAGAACUCCCCUCUGUUCCUGACACACUCCCCACAUCCUCCUUUGGCGGAAACACCACCACCUCGGAUGACAUCGACUUUGAUGAUUUAACACGGCGGUUUGAGGAGCUGAAGAAGAAGACUUAAUUGCUAUCUCCCUGGUUCAGACACACACACACACACACACACCUACACUGUGUCGUCACCUACACAGCUCAGAACAGGAAAUAGAAAAUGUUCAAGGCUCUGUAUCAGAUUUGAAUAGUCCCCCCCCCCCCCCUUCCACAGUGACGUAAUCUUACACAGAUAUUAAACAUACGUAUAUUCUUACCUCAUUUAUAUAGAUAUGACCAGCUUACUGAGGGGGUGGUUUCUCACUCAACCUUGUCAGUUAUCAGAAAUCUAAUUUCUGUUUGCAGUACCAGUUAAUUUCUUUCUAUACAACACAUAAUAUAAAAGCUUACAAUCAUGUUGGUGUUGACCCCUGUUCACUCCUUCUCAUUUUAGAUCACACCGACUUUUAACUUUUCCCAUUUGUCUGCGUUAUAUAUUAUAUAAUCAAUCCUAGAUUUUAAUUGUUGCUCUUCCCGGGGUUUUGGCUCUGACUAACACUUACAACACAUGCCUUGAUUCUACUUUGCACAUGUAGUGUCCCUGCGAUCUUUGCCACUGUGUCACUCAGUCCUGUCUCAGACUAGUCAAACAAGCCCGACUGGCCAACCCGGUUUGUUGGAGAGCUGGCAUUCACAUGAACAAAGCCUACAGAUUGUUUCCAUGGCAAGGCUACAAUACAAGCCAGCAUUUUUUUUUUUCAUAAAGUUGUCAGGACAGAUAGAAGCCAUAUUUUCAUUGUCUUGCACAGUCACGCUGUUUUGUCACAGUGGAAAAGACGUUUUUCAAACACUGCAUGCGCAGUGAGCUUGUCAAACUUUAUUAUUUACAUCAGAAAAAUGGGAGUAUGAGUCUUCCAGGAAAAGCUCAUGGUGACGCAUGUUAAACCUGUUCUCUUCAUCUGUCAGGGGUGAUGGGGCACAGAUGUAAAGUGAUAUAACAGUGUAUUGACAUCUGUAAUAUAAAACAUUUACAAUUAUAUAGAUAGACCUAUUAACACGAAUGAUUUAACUGUACAGCAAAAAGAGUUUGGUAGUAGGGAGGUGUUAAAUAUUUGACAAAUCUGUUUUAUAUACACUAUCUCCAAAUAAAGGUUUUUUUGCCCUUUUGAAUGUCAGUUUUACCAAAUAACUACACUUUCUUAUCUUUGAAGUACUUCAUUUGCAAAACAAAAUUUGUGCAGACAAAAGCAAUCACAUGACAGACUAAUUUGACUGAUACAAUGCAAAUAUUGACCCCAGAGUAAUAAGUUUGUGUUGUCCUCUGUGCUCGUGUGUGCAUGUGUCUUUAAUUGUAUGUGCGCCACUGCAUUUGCCUUAGUUACCAUUUUUCAUCAGAGGCCUUUCCAGUAUGUUGUAGGAUUAUGCAUUUGUUAUCUAUGAAGACUGAAUACGUUAGCUGUGUUGAGUCUCAGUUGUUAAAAUUAUACUUUGCUUUAUUUGCUUUAACCAUAAAACAAUCCUCUAAAAUCUGUUGAGUUAAAGUUUGCAUAUUGGAUAAAAAAAAAUAUCUGUACUGGCAAUAGAGGUUUCUUUUUCCUGUGGAGAAAUGGGAGUGAGAGACCUCUGUUGUGCAGACAUGACGCGUUGCUGCAACCUAACCACACCAAGUUCUGCUUGCGUGGCAAAUGAACGGUGGCCUUGAAUAAAAUGAUUCAGCAGUUUCUGGAAAGCACAUUGAAAAGCUUUCCAGCUGGUUGACAGACAAAAGUUUAUUUAUGGGUUUUACAUGAGUUUGAGAAAGUAGAGAUAUUACCAACACUACAGAACUGUGAUCUGCUCACUGUCUUUUCUAUGUUGCACUGUUCUUUCAUGCUAAACUUUGAGACACAAAAUGGUGUCUUGUUGAAAAAAAAAGAAACAGAUUUUUUUCCACUGUAUACUAAAAUACCAGUUUAAUAAAAUAUUAUUUGGAACUGGA